AUGCCUGUGUUUAGGGCGCGAAUGACUUUGUUGUUAAAAUUAAGUAUUCGUGGUCACAAAGCGAAACUGAUACCGCUGGUAACGACACUGCCAAUUCCAUGCCUGCCUUUCACGCUUGUCCAGUCAUAUAGCGCCCUUUUACCAGCGAAAAAAAAAUCCCCUAUCCCCUGGGAAACCUUAAAAUGUCAAAGGAUGACAAUAUCCAGGAAGUACGCAACAGUGGAGGGAUGUUGCGGAAAAUCGGGCGUCCUCUCCUUAAAAAGCAGACUUGGCACUCUAAAUACUGGAUCGCUUACUGGACGCGACAUGCUGGAAAGGCGAAGAGUUGACAUCUGUUCUCUGGAAGAUUUUAAUGUUUGUUUACAGUUAGUCGGCCCAAUGGCAAAUAAUUUGGAACAACUUUAUGGCUUAUAUUCACCAGCAAUAGAUGCAAGAUAUGGCAAAACUCCUUUUGAAGGAUUAAAUGGAACAGUAGAAAAGACGAUUUUGGCCUCAGGUUGUAAUGACAAUGCCUGUAAAAUUUAUAAUGCAUUCGAAGUUAAGAAUGCCACAGUUGAUGCUGACUUGCUGAUAGUUUGUCUUGGAACAGGGCCUCACACAUUCCUCUUGAACUACACCAAUGCAAAAACUGCAAACCUCUUAUUUAAAAUUAGGUGCAACCCCAAACCCAUGAGUCAGAUGAAUGUAUAUCACGUGAUAUAA